GCUCAAACUAAACAGGAAUUGCAACCCACAUUAUCUUUUGAAAGUAAAGUGGAGGCAACCAUGGAGGUGAAGGAACGAAGACCGUAUCGCUCACUCACAACUCGGCAGGAAACAGAACGCCGCUACACCAGCUCCUCUGCAGAUAGUGAAGACAGUAAACCCAACUCUAAAUCCUACAGCUCCAGCGAAACACUCAAAGCCUUUGACCACGACUCAAGGAUGGCGUAUGGGAGCCGCGUAAAGGAAAUGGUCCACCAUGAAGUGGAUGAAUUUAACCGGCAAGGGGCUGACUUCUCCUUGCGAGACCUGGGCUUUGGAGAAGGCCUCCCAUCGCAUGUGGCUACGUACAGGAGCGACAUUGGGCUGCCUCACCGUGACUAUUCGGUCAGCGUGGGCUCUGAUGCAGACACAGAGACGGAUGGCAUAAUGUCCCCUGAACACGCUGUCAGGCUGUGGGGCCGCAGCAACACCAAGUCGGGCCGCAGCUCCUGUCUCUCCAGCAGGGCUAACUCCAACCUAACGCUCACCGACACUGAACACGAGAACACAGAAAAUGGUCCUCCGCUGCAUUGUUCAUCCGCCUCCUCCUCCCCUGUUGAGCAGCUCCCAUACCCUCCCCCUUCCAUUCCAGCCAAUGAGAACCAGGGGAGGUUGCUAGGUAACAGUGCGGCUCAGCCAGCCCAGGACUCUGACUCUGAGGAUGAGUUUGGCCCCAAUUCAUUCUUAGUUAAAACUGGCUCAGGGAACCUGUAUGCCCCUUCUGCUGCAACUGCUGAUGACGGAGUCUUUCAAAAUCAUUCUCGGCUGCGGACACCUCCGCUACCCCUCUCCCAUUCUCACUCGCCCAAUCAUCAGCUCCAUGCAGCCUCUAUUAACUCGUUAAACAGGAGCAACUACACUCCUCGGAGCAACGCCAGUCCUGCACCCACAGACAGCUCCGCUCCCCCUGAGGGUCCCGGCAGCGGUCAAGACUCUGGCAGCGUGCAGGACAACUGGCUCCUCAACAGCAACAUCCCGCUGGAAACAAGGAGCCAGAAUACUCUAAUGUUUAUCAGAGAAGAGCAAGACGCUUGCAGAGAAGGACAGGGCACAAACAAAACAAGAAAUAUAGCAAAGCAGGCAUUCCUUGAGACUUUGCAGGACAACCUGAUUGAGAUGGACAUUCUGGCAUCAGCACGCCAUGAUGCCUCAUACAACGACGGGCAUUUCCUGUUCAAACCAGGUGGAACAUCACCAAUGUAUUGCACAACUUCACCGGGAUACCCUCUAACCUCCAGCACGGUGUAUUCGCCUCCCCCUCGCCCUUUACCUCGAAACACCUUCUCUCGACCUGCCUUCAGCUUAAAGAAGCCCUACAAGCACUGCAACUGGAAAUGUGCUGCUCUCAGUGCCAUUCUCAUUUCAGUGACGCUGCUGCUCCUGUUAGCCUACUUCGUUGCCAUUCACCUUUUGGGGUUAAACUGGCACCUCCAACCCAUGCAGAGACAGAUGUACCAGCUGUCAGAAGACAAUACAAGUGGCCUACCAUUCCCUACAGACUUAAGUUUACCACCACUAGGCAACACAGGGCUGGAGAUAUCAGAUCGCAGGGGAAAAGAUGACAGCAAAUUGGACACCUUGUUCCCGGAUGACAGCUAUAUAGAUAUGGGGGAGAUUGACGUGGGACGCAAGGUCGCCCAGCAGAUUCCUCCUGGUAUCUUCUGGAGAUCCCAGGUCUUCAUCGAUCAUCCCAUGUACCUAAAGUUUAACAUGUCACUCAGCAAAGAUGCCUUAGUUGGAGUGUAUGGAAGAAGAGGCCUUCCUCCGUCACACACACAGUUUGACUUUGUAGAACUGUUGGAUGGGCGGCGGCUCCUGGCCCAGGAUGUUCACCGUCUGGAGGGGCCUGCAGCUCUGCAGCGGAGUCUCAUACCAAUCACUACACAUGACACAGGCUUUAUUCAGUACAUGGACUCGGGCAUCUGGCACCUGGCCGUCUACAAUGAUGGGAAAGAAACCGAAACUGUUUCCUUCCUUACCACUGCCAUAGAUUCCAUUGAUGACUGUCCCAGUAACUGCUUUGGAAACGGUGACUGUGUUGCUGGAACAUGCCACUGCUUUUUAGGAUUCAAAGGGCCUGACUGUGGGCGAGCUGCCUGUCCAGUCCUGUGCAGUGGGAAUGGCCAGUACCUAAAAGGACGUUGCAUGUGCCACAGUGGCUGGAAGGGUUCCGAAUGUGACGUUCCCACCAGCCAGUGCAUCGACAUCACCUGCAGUGGUCAUGGAACCUGCAUUGUUGGAACCUGCAUCUGCAAUCCUGGUUACAAAGGAGAGAACUGUGAAGAAGUGGACUGCCUAGAUCCAACUUGCUCGGGCCGAGGCGUUUGUGUCCAGGGAGAGUGCCACUGUUUUGUUGGGUGGGGAGGGCCAGGAUGUGAAAGCCCUAGGGCCUCCUGCAUGGACCAGUGCUCUGGACAUGGAGCUUUCCUGGCAGACACAGGAACCUGCAGCUGCGAUCCCAACUGGACAGGCCAUGACUGCUCCACAGAGAUUUGUGCAGCCGACUGUGGAGGCCACGGCGUUUGUGUUUCAGGCACCUGUCGCUGUGACGACGGCUGGAUGGGCGCCGGGUGUGACCAGAGGGCGUGUCACCCUCGCUGCAACGAGCAUGGCACAUGCAAGGAUGGCAAAUGCGAAUGCAGCCCUGGUUGGAAUGGAGAACACUGCACCAUUGCUCACUAUCUGGAUAAGGUAGUGAAAGAGGGUUGUCCGGGUUUGUGCAACGGAAAUGGCAGGUGCACUCUGGGUAACAACGGCUGGUACUGUGUGUGCCAGCUGGGCUGGAGGGGCACGGGCUGUGACACCUCUAUGGAAACCGCCUGCAGUGAUGUCAAGGACAACGAUGGAGAUGGCCUGGUGGACUGCAUGGAUCCAGACUGCUGUCUUCAGGCUACCUGUCACACCACCUCUUUAUGCGUGGGCUCCCCCGACCCCCUGGACAUCAUCCAGGAGACGCAGAUGUCCUCUGCGCAGAGCAACCUGCAGACGUUCUACGACCGAGUGCGCUUUCUGGUGGGCAGGGACAGCACACACACCAUCCCUGGAGCUAACCCCUUCGACGGCAACCAUGCUUGUGUCAUUCGCGGGCAGGUAGUCACCUCCGAUGGAACCCCGCUGGUUGGAGUUAAUGUCAGCUUCAUUAACAAUCCGGCUUUUGGUUAUACAAUUACCAGGCAGGAUGGAAGUUUCGACUUGGUGACCAACGGGGGCAUAGCCAUAGCCCUGCACUUUGAGCGCGCUCCAUUCAUCACCCAGGAGCACACUCUGUGGUUGCCAUGGGGACGGUUCUUUGUCAUGGACACCAUUGUCAUGCGGCACGAGGAAAAUGACAUCCCGAGCUGCGACCUCAGCAGCUUUUCCCGGCCCAUCCCUGUGGUGUCCCCGGCGCCGCUCACAGCCUUCGCCGGCUCCUGCUCAGAAAGGGGGACAGUGGUGCCCGAAAUCCAGUCUCUACAGGAGGAAGUGCCUAUACCCGGGACAGAUAUGAAGCUCAGCUAUCUGAGCAGCAGAACUCCAGGUUAUAAGUCGAUUCUGAGGGUGACCCUCACGCACUCCACGAUUCCUUUCAACUUGAUGAAGGUUCACCUCAUGGUGGCUGUGGAAGGCAGGCUAUUCAGAAAGUGGUUUCCCGCAGCUCCCAACCUCUCCUAUGACUUUGUGUGGGACAAGACAGACGUCUAUAGCCAGAAGGUCUAUGGCCUGUCUGAAGCCUUUGUUUCAGUGGGUUUUGAGUAUGAGUCAUGCCCAGAUCUUAUCCUGUGGGAGAAGAGGACUGCUGUCCUUCAAGGCUACGAAACUACCGCCUCCAAACUUGGAGGAUGGACAGUAGACAAGCAUCAUGCUUUGAAUAUCCAGAGUGGUAUUCUUCACAUGGGCAAUGGAGAAAAUGUCUUCAUCUCCCAGCAGCCACCUGUAAUCGGCAGCGUGAUGGGAAACGGGCGCAGGCGCAGCAUCUCCUGCCCCAGCUGUAAUGGCCUUGCUGAUGGAAACAAACUCCUGGCCCCCGUGGCUCUGGCUUGCGGCUCGGAUGGAAGCCUGUACGUGGGCGACUUCAACUAUGUGAGGAGGAUUUUCACCACAGGAAACGUCACCAGUGUCCUGGAGCUUAGAAAUAAAGACUUCAGGCACAGCAACAGCCCUGCUCAGAAGUACUACCUGGCCUCCAGUCCUGUGAAUGGCGCAGUGUACCUGUCUGAUACAGGCAGCAGGAAGGUGUUCAGGGUCAAAUCUUUGACUGUUGUUAAUAACGUUGCUAAGAACCUGGAGCUGGUUGCUGGCACCGGUGACCAGUGUCUGCCAUAUGAUGAUGCUCGCUGUGGGGAUGGAGGAAAAGCUAUUGAAGCCACUCUCACCAAUCCUAGAGGUAUUACAGUGGAUAAGUAUGGGGUAAUCUUCUUUGUGGAUGGAACCAUGAUUCGUAGGAUUGAUCAGAAUGGUAUCAUCUCUACUCUUCUGGGUUACAAUGACUUAACCUCCGCUCGACCUCUCAGCUGCGAUGCUGUUAUGGACAUCUCUCAGGUGCGCCUUGAGUGGCCUACAGACCUGGCAGUAAGCCCCAUGGACAACUCCCUGUAUGUUCUUGACAACAACGUUGUUCUCCAGGUCUCAGAAAAUCAUCAGGUCCGUAUUGUAGCAGGUCGUCCCAUGCACUGCCAAGUUCCUGGCAUCGAUCACUUUCUUAUGAGUAAGGUGGCCAUUCAUGCAACUCUGGAGUCAGCAAACGCCCUGGCUGUAUCCCACAAUGGGGUUCUGUACAUCGCAGAGUCAGAUGAAAAGAAAAUAAACCGAGUACGGCAGGUGUCCACCAACGGAGAGAUCUCCUUGGUUGCAGGGGCACCAAGUGGCUGCGACUGCAAGAAUGACGUCAACUGUGAUUGCUACUCUGGAGAUGGAGGCUAUGCCAAGGAUGCUAAGCUGAAUGCACCCUCUUCCCUGGCAGUGUGUCCAGAUGGAGAGCUUUAUAUUGCAGAUCUUGGAAACAUUCGCAUCCGCUAUGUGCGGAAAAACAAACCCUAUCUUAAUCCCCUCAGUAUGUAUGAGGUAUCCUCUCCAAUUAAUGAUGAACUCUAUCUGUUUGAUUCCAACGGUAGCCACAUUUUCACACAAAGUCUGACAACAGGAGACCACCUCUACAAUCUGACCUACACAGGAACAGGAGAUAUAAGUGGCAUCACUGAUAAAAACAAGAACACAGUGACCAUCCGACGAGACACUACAGGAAUGCCCCUGUGGCUAAUGGUCCCUGAUGGACAGACCUUUUGGUUCACCAUCGGUACCAACAACGCCCUGAAAACUGUUGCUGCACAGGGCCAAGAACUUGCUGUAAUGACCUACCAUGGGAGCUCAGGACUUCUUGCUUCGAAGACAAAUGAAAACGGAUGGACAACUUUCUUUGAGUAUGACAGUUACGGGCGACUCACCAAUGUCACUUACCCCACUGGCAGAGUAAGCAGCUACCGCACAGAAGCCGACAGUUCGGUUCGCAUUCAGACUGAGGGCUCCAACAGAGAGGAUAUCACAGUCACCACCAACCUGUCAGCCUCUGGCAACUUCUACACACUUUUGCAAGAACAAGUUCGGAACAGCUACUUUAUUGGUUUGGACGGCUCGUUGCGGCUUGUUCUGGCCAAUGGUAUGGAGGUUUCCCUGUACACUGAACCUCACCUGCUGGCCGGGACAGUCAAUCCCACGGUAAGCAAGAGGAACAUCACCCUAGCCAUUGACAACGGCCUCAACCUUGUGGAGUGGAGGCAGAGGAAGGAGCAGGCUCGCGGCCAAGUCACCGUGUACGGACGUAGAUUGCGGGUUCAUAACAGGAAUUUGCUAUCGCUGGACUUUGAUCGCAUCACCCGGACAGAAAAGGUCUACGAUGAUCACAGGAAGUUCACCUUACGGAUCCAUUACGAUCAAGCCGGUCGGCCUACCCUGUGGGCUCCAAGCAGUCGUCUUAAUGGGGUUAACGUCACUUACUCCCCCGGGGGGCAUGUGGCAGGAAUCCAGAGAGGCACCAUGUCCGUCCGCAUGGAGUAUGACCUGAAUGGCAGAAUCACAUCCCAAAUAUUUGCUGAUGGCAAAUCGUGGAGCUACACUUACCUCGAAAAGUCCAUGGUACUGCUUCUGUACAGUCAGAGACAGUACAUCUUUGAAUUUGACAAAAAUGAUCGACUGUCUUCCGUUACCAUGCCCAACAUUGCCCGGCAUUCCCUGGAAACAUCCCGCUCGAUUGGUUACUACAGGAACACCUACCGCCCCCCUGAAGGGAAUGCAUCGGUGCUCCAGGACUACAGCGAAAACGGACAGCUGCUGCAGACCACCCACCUGGGCACAGGCCGGAGGGUGAUCUAUAAGUACGGGAAACUUUCCAAGCUGCUGGAGAUCCUGUACGACACCACACGCAUUGGUUUCACCUAUGACGAGGUAGCGGGAAUGUUGAAAACCGUCAACCUGCAAAGUGAAGGGUUCACUUGCACGAUCCGCUACAGACAAAUUGGCCCACUGAUCGACAGGCAGAUCUUCCGAUUCAGCGAGGAGGGCAUGGUCAAUGCAAGAUUUGAUUAUGUCUACGACAACAGCUUCCGAGUCACGAGCAUGCAGGCAGUCAUCAAUGAAACUCCACUACCGAUCGACCUGUAUCGUUAUGACGACGUGUCGGGCAAAACAGAACAGUUUGGCAAGUUUGGAGUCAUUUAUUAUGACAUAAACCAAAUUAUAACCACUGCGGUGAUGACCCAUACCAAACACUUUGAUGCCUAUGGUCGGGUAAAGGAGGUCCAGUAUGAAAUUUUUCGUUCUCUCAUGUACUGGAUGAUGGUGCAGUAUGACAACAUGGGGCGUGUGGUGGCUAAGGAGCUGAAGGUUGGCCCUUAUGCCAACACCACACGCUACACCUAUGAGUAUGACGCUGAUGGCCAGCUCCAGGUGGUCUCCAUCAAUGACAAACCUUUGUGGAGGUACAGCUAUGACCUGAAUGGCAACCUUCACCUCCUCAGUCCCGGAAACAGCGCAAGGCUCACCCCGCUUCGCUAUGACAUCAGAGACCGCAUCACGCGCCUGGGUGAUGUGACAUACAGGAUGGAUGAGGAUGGUUUCUUGAGGCAGCGAGGAAAUGACUACUUUGAGUAUAACUCAGCCGGCCUGCUGACUAAGGUGUACAAUAAAGUUAGUGGGUGGAGCAUCAAGUAUCGCUAUGAUGGCGUGGGGAGGAGGGUUUCAAGCAGAAGCAGCAUGGGCCACCACCUACAGUUCUUCUAUGCCGACUUGUCCAGCCCCACCCGGGUCACCCAUAUGUACAACCACUCCAGCUCUGAGAUCGCCUCGCUUUACUAUGAUCUGCAGGGACACCUGUUUGCCAUGGAACUGAGCAGUGGAGAUGAGUUUUAUGUUGCGUGUGACAACAUUGGCACGCCUCUCGCCGUGUUCAGUGGUUCCGGCAUCAUGAUCAAGCAAAUCCUCCACACAGCAUUCGGAGAAAUCUACCUGGACACAAAUCCAAGCUUCCAACUUAUAAUUGGCUACCAAGGAGGACUAUAUGAGCCCCUGAGUAAAUUGGUCCACAUGGGAAAACGGGAUUAUGAUGUCCUCGCCGGCCGCUGGACAACACCAGACCUCGAGAUCUGGAGUCGCCUGAACAACAAUCACAUCGUGCCAUUCAACUUGUACAUGUUCAAGAAUAACAAUCCACUCAGCAAUAAUGAGGAGACAAAGUGCUACAUGACAGAUGUAAACAGCUGGCUGGUGACCUUUGGCUUCCAGCUGUAUAAUGUUAUCCCUGGCUAUCGUAAACCAAGCACAGAGAGCAUGGAGCCCUCCUACGAGUUAGUCCGCACCCAGAUCAAGACACAGGAAUGGGACAGCACCAAGUCACUGCUGGGCGUUCAGUGUGAGGUUCAGAGGCAGCUCAAGGCCUUUGUCAAGCUGGAACGCUUUGGUCAAAUCUACAAAGCCAAAAGUGCUGGAUGUCCUCAGACUGAGGGGAACAAGAUCUUUGCUUCUGGCGGCUCUAUCUUCGGAAAGGGGGUAAAGUUUGCCAUCCGAGAUGGUCGCAUCAACACCGACAUCAUCAGCCUGGCUAAUGAGGAUGGACGCCGUAUGGCCGCUGUUCUAAAUAACGCCGUCUAUCUCGAAAAUCUACACUUCACCAUUGCAGGGAUGGACACCCACUACUUUGUCAAACUGGGCUCAGUGGAGGGAGACCUAGCCCUGAUAGGAAUGACAGUGGGUCGCCGCACGUUAGAAAACGGGGUCAACGUCACCGUUUCUCAGGUCAACACUGUGCUGAACGGCAGGACUAGGCGCAUUACUGACAUCCAGCUGCAGUAUGGAGCACUGCUCCUGAAUACGCGGUAUGGCAGCAGCGUGGAUGAAGAGAAAGCCCGUGUGUUGGAGCUGGCCCGGCAGAGAGCCGUCGGGCAGGCCUGGGCACGUGAACGCCAGAGACUGAGGGAUGGGGAGGAAGGCUCAAGAACCUGGACUGAGGGAGAGAAGCAGCAGCUUCUUGGCUCAGGGAAGGUGCAAGGCUAUGAUGGGUACUAUGUAGUUUCCGUUGACCAGUACCCUGAGCUGGCAGACAGUGUCAACAACAUUCACUUCAUGAGACAGAGUGAAAUGGGCCGAAGGUGACAUGAACACGAGGCUUCUGAGUGACGGACUCAGAUGUAGGAAAUGGGACUUCUUGCCAAAGACAGUUGUGUACAUGACCACGAGUUUUUUUGUUUUUGUUUUUUUGACUGUGCUCAACUUGGUUUUCUAAUAUGCUGUAAACAAGCAACAGUUGCAAACAGCUGCACUGUACUGACAGAGGAGUACCCUUCCCCUGAGGAUUCUUUAACAGUCUUUGCCCUCCAAGUGCGGCUGCUAGAGGAUGAGAAAUUGUGAUGUCUAAUGGCGUAUUUUUGUGACUCCAUUUCCUCAUGGCUCUUUGUGGUUCUGUUCAAAGGAAUCCGAGGAGUUUUGGUAAUGCAUUAUGUUUUCUCAGCUUCCUCUCUUCUGCCAGACUUUUGCAGAUUGUAAUUCACUAGCCUGCUCCAUUCUGCCUUUUUCUGCGCCUCAGCCAAGGAGAUUCCAUCUCUUUUAAUCACUUCUUUUUUUAAUACUUGAAACCCUCAUAGCCCCUGUCAUCCAUAAAUAAUGAGAGAGAGAUUCCCGUUGCCGUAAUACCCUUAAUCAAAACCACUGCUGAACUUGUCAAAGCACCUCCAUUUGUAUGAUGUCUUGGAGUUUUAUGAGAGGAGGCUUUGUGCUCAUUUGUGGUCUUGGGUCCGAAGUUCCCUGUGCAGCUGAAAUCUGCAUGUGGGGCUUUUUUAUCAAGUACACAAUCUGUAAAAAUGCUCACUGAUGGUGCCUUACAAAAGGAUUCAUACCUAUUGGGCUUUUUCACAUUUUCUCCAGUUACGACCAAAAACAGGAGUGUAUUAAUUGGACUCAUAUCACAGGUCUAUGAAAGGUAAUGUUUUAAAUAUAAAAGUAGAAAUAUAACAAGUUGAAACCUAAUAAGAAUCUGCCUUCUAUAUUUAUUCAGCCUAAUUUUCUCUGAUAUCCUUAAACAAAACCUUCCACAGCCAAGUCCAACAGUCUGAAAUUGUAUUUAACAUCAUAUUUCAGAUAAUAUUAAUGAAUUUGGCAUAAAAUAUCAUUGAAAACAUAAAUUUUGUUUUUUUUGUAACGUGACAAAAUUAGUGGGAAAGCUCAACAGAUAGGAUCAUUUUGCAAGGCUCUAUAGGCCUACAUUUCAAAAUGGUGCAAUCUCAGUAAAUUAAAAUGUAACUGAAAAAAAAACGUAUUUGAUUGAAUCAAUUUCAAAGUUGGAACUCAUACAUUAUACGGGUUUGUGACGCUGAGUUUAACUUCUUUAUGUUUUGUCAUUUCUGAUAAUUAUGUUUUACAGCUAAUGAAAACCAAGUGUUAUCAGAAAAUUAGAAAUUGCAAUAGGUCCAAUUCAGGCAGAUGUUUUAAUCCAGAAAUAUUAUGUUAUGAUUACUUUAUUUCUUCUUAUAACUUCUGACUUGACAAUUUUUGCAGGAGUCAUUGACAAGCUCAUCAAACCUCUGCUUUAACACAUUGAUAAUUUCCUGCUUUCCAUAUGGAUCAGUCCUGAGGGGAAAUGAAGUUACAAUGGCAACAUUAUAAAGAAAAGUCGUUGCAAGAGUUUGUGGAGGAGUCACAAUGUAUAGACCGUGGCCUCAACCAUCAUCCACUAAAGGCUUUGGUUAUCCCUGUUGCUUUGUGCACCUUAUGGUAUCACACAUUUUCCUUCCAAUCAAAUUUCUCUGAAAUGCUUGGAUAAAGAUCUCCCUGGAGAGUUAGAUUCCUUAUCAAUGGCCUAUUUUGGACAAAUAUGUGAGGUUUUCAUGUGCCACAAGGCAUUAUUAAAAUUAUUUU